UACACUUUUUCUUCUUUUUGCAAAUUGCAACUAGUUAGCCUGCUAACUUGUGUGCACCAUGGGCAUGGCUGAGAAGAGCUCGGCGACGAGGAAGGCCGGGCUGAUUACCAAGACGCUGGACAGGUGCUGGAGCACACCAAUGAGGAACAAGCCCGCAGAGGGCUGUUUCUCUGUCUACGUCGGUGCUGGGAGGCAGCGGUUCGUGGUGCGGACAGUGUGUGUGAACCACCCGCUGUUCCGGGCGCUGCUCGAGGAGGCCGAGGAGGUGUUUGGGUACGCGGCCGCAGGGCCCCUCGAGCUACCCUGCAACUCCGAGAUGUUUGCCGGGGUGUUGGAGCAGAUCGAGGAGGAGAAGCAGAUGGCGGGACGAAGGAGGUGCGGCCUUGCCAGGGGGAACUCCUACCGGCUGCUUGGCACCGGUCGGGCUGUCAUCAUCGAUCGGUCGUAGGAUAUGCAUUAGAUUUGAUGAUGCCGAGCUGAUGAGCUCUGAGUUUUGUUGAGCUCGCAUUCUGGGACUAUCAUGUAGUACAUAUUUGGAAGCAACCUUAGCGUUCCCAAGUAUGGUAAACAACAUCAUCAUAUACUGGGCAAAUGAGAUACAUUUCUUUCUUCUUCUUUUUCUAUUUUGCAUUUUUGUGAGAAGGCAAUGUUAGAUCUCGAUGUGUUUUCCCCUCCUAAGUUGUAUUAUCUGUCGGUGGAAGUGUUAUACAGAAAUAUAAAGAAUC